GUAAUCCUGUGCAGCAGAGGAGUCUGGCCACCAGUGCCCGUGGCUCAGAGCAGACGGUGCCUGAUUUGUCUCUCAUGAUGCAGACAGAGACUGACUCAGACUGUUUGUCUACCUCGCUGGAUAACCAGUACACCCCUGUACACAUUGCAACACCCCGCAAGAAGGGUAAAGGAGUGAAGGUUGCUAUACAAGUGGAUGGAGUCAACGGAGAGACUAUAAGCAAAAUAUCAAAGACAAAGAUUCCUCUACUGAAGAAAUGGCUGCAGGAGAAGGGAGUCAAGGUCACUGGCAGAAAGACAAAGGACGAGCUGGUCAAGAUGACUGCAGAG